UGGCUUAUUAUCGUUGCGAAUUCAGUGUGGCAGGAGAUGGGAGAUGAUGAGUUUGUAAUUAUCUCCUUGUUGGGUAAUGUUUUGGCGAAUGUUUGUGCUCAAUUGAUUUCGACAUGCGUGAACUUUCCGAAAAACCCAUCGAGUCGCCCGAAAAAUCCAGGUGGUUGAGCCCCAACUGGCUUUCAUGGAAUAAGUACUCGGAGAUAAUGCUACGAACUUUGGAGAAGCGAAUUCUUCAAGAAUCGUUUUCAGCGCUAAAAACAUCCUACAGAGGUUGUUAUGUGGACAUAGGGCCUGUGGUGGGACCUGCAGAUAAAAUAUGGACACUCUCCUUUAACACAGAAUCGACUAAAACCCCUUUAGUACUUAUCCAUGGCUUGGGAGCUGGCGUGGCUCUUUGGUGCUUAAAUAUUGAUGCUUUGGCAGCGACUCGACCUGUAUAUGCUUUUGACUUACUCGGCUUUGGAAGAUCCUCCCGGCCGGACUUUGCCACGGAUGCGUUGGAAACGGAGAAGCAGAUGGUGCGAUCAAUUGAAGAAUGGCGCAAAGAGAUGAAGCUGGAGCGCUUCAUUUUAUGCGGGCACAGUUUGGGUGGAUUUGUAGCUACCGCAUACGCGCUGGUUUAUCCAGAUGCAGUCAAACAUUUGAUUCUGGCUGAUCCCUGGGGGUUUCCGGAAAGACCGCGCGAUACCAGUCAAGUGCCUUUAUGGAUAAAAACGUUAAGUUAUGUCAUGCAACCGAUCAACCCUCUUUCAUCCAUCCGAUUGGCUGGACCGUUGGGGCCUUGGUUCAUCAACACAUUGAGGCCGGACAUUUCCCGGAAAUAUGUUUCAACGCUUAUCGAUCCCGAUGUGAUUCCCCAGUAUAUCUACCAGUGUAAUUCUCAAUAUCCCAGUGGGGAAAGCGCCUUUCGGGCAAUGAUGAAUGGGAUUGGAUGGGCGAUGCAUCCGAUGGAGCGCAGAAUUCAUCUGCUCAACAGCCACAUUCCCAUUACUCUGUUGUGGGGGUCGAAGAGCUGGAUUGAACAUUCGGCCGAAGACAUUUUGAAGACGAAAAGAAGCAAUUCGUACUUCGACCUGAAGGUGAUAUCGGGCGGAGGGCAUCACGUGUACGCCGAUAAGCCAGAACAGUUUAAUCAAAUCGUAAUCGAGGCCUGCGACUUUAUCGAUCAGGAGUCUGCCACUGGUCGGCUGGCGAUUCUGCCGUCGGAUGGAAAUCACAAUUCCGAAUUACUUGAUACGUAAAUUGUAAGAGUUGUUUGAGAAUGCUUGCAAAAGAUCAUUUUGAUUUGACCAAUAAAGUUGUUUUUUGCCAGUGCGGAAAAACCGCGGAAUUCAUUCAAUUCAACCAAAUUUCUUUAGCUUCAAAAUUCCAAUUGCUUUUCGGGACUGCAAAGAAAAUCUAAAACUUUAGGUGUUCGCGUCCUUUUUUGAAUGCAAAUUGGGACUAACAUUGACAACGUAGAUAAGUUCUAUAUUGUUGAGGCGGAUUCAUUUUUUCACAAACUGUUUGUUGGGUAUUUCGCCUCAAAAAUGUUUGUCUUUAAAAAAGACAGAAUUUCCUCACGUCUUUUAUUAAGACCUCACGUCUUAAUAAACGACGUGAGGAAAUUCUGUCUUUUUUAAAGACAAAUAUUUUUGAGGCGAAAUACCCAACAAACAGUUUGUGAAAAAAUUGACAACGUACGACUUGGGAUAAUAAUUCACAUACUAGGUACCUGAUAUAUUUGGUUUGUGAUAGAUUUAAUAAAAUAUACGUGUUUGGUAAGUGGAUGCUUCUACAGAGUCUAAAGCGUUUCGGAAAUGGCAUCCAAGCGUGCGGAAUUUAAAUUAAAUUUGCAUGCUUUAUCAGUUAUAAACUUUUGUUGUUAAAAUUAAAAAAGAUUUUUGUUCAAAUACAACUUACUUUUCAAUGCUCUGUUCAAUUUGGAAGUAGGCACUUUUUUGUCCGGUGCACCGUUUUUGAGCAAAAGCUGCCUUGCAGAUUGGAAAUAUGGUGGAUUGAGGAAAACUUCCACUUACCAAGCCUGAUAGUUAAUCUGAAAAUCAUAUUUCAUCGAGUGACGAUAUUUAUUUGUUGUUAUUGUUAUUUAAAUUAUUUAUAGGUACUACAUGAAUAAGCUCACUGCUACAAAUAAGGUGUUUGGCAACAACAAAAAAAACCAUUGUACUAAAAUAUAUCUGUUUAUUAGUUUUUGAUAAUUAUCGCCUAAUUCUACCGUACCCUUUUGUGUUGUAAUAUAUACAAUGUUAAUGA